AUGACCUAGGGAUACGUGUAUUUUAUAUCUGUUCUUAACGUCCAGUCUGAGUUUGAGCCACACCGUUCAAGACUUGUUUCUAAUAUCACAAGGAGUUGGUCCAGGAUUUCUGCGGUAAUUCACUGGCAACGUAGUUACGUGCGAAGUGGAUGUUUCUGUGAUUUCGCAGGAGGUUGCUGCUGAGCUCCAGCUCCAGAGCUUCCCCUGUCCUCACGCACACGCUUGUCCUCGGUGCCCCCCCUCCCCCUCCUUCCACCACUGCCAGCCCCCCCCCCCCAUCCCAGACAGCAUCCGAUUCCAGCCCCAUGCGGAGCCUGAGGAUGGGGUAAAGACUGGAGCGACGCACUUCACUGACCUAGAGGAGGAGGAGAAGGAAGAGGAGGAUUGGAACACCUGAACAUUACCAGUGGCCAGGUUAGGAGAACAAGAGCGAUGCAUGGGCCACGGCGGAAGAUGAAGGUCGCUGGGACCAUCAUGACGGUGAACAUCUUCCUCUUCAUCGUGCUGGAGGUGUCUCGCAGCGGUGGCCAGGGCAAGGGCGGCGACAGCAAGCUGCACGUGCCCUCCAAGCGCUUCUGGGCCAGGUUGGCGCCCAGCACCGGCUUCUGGAACCGUGAGCAGCAGAAGCUGGACCUCCUCCACAACCCGGUCGUCACCAACACCAGCGCCGGUGUGACCAGCGGAGGGGUCCUCCCUUUCGACCUGCUGCCCGACUGGCUCAACGACACGCUGGGCCUGGAGGCGUGUGAGCCGGACCCCCGGGUCGCCGUCCAACUGAAGGACUACAACCAGCUGCCGCAGCGCUUCAAAGACUUCCUGUCCUACCUGCGCUGCCGAUCCUACCCAAUGGUGGUGGAUCAGCCACACAUCUGCCAGGACGGGCCCUUCCUGCUGCUGGCCAUCAAGUCGUUGAUGCCCCACUUCGACCGGCGGCAGGCCAUCCGCGAGUCGUGGGGCCGCGCGGGGCUGCUGGCCAACCGCACGGUGGCCACCGUCUUCCUGCUCGGCAACGCCACGGCGGGGGACCACUUCCCGGACCUGUCGGCCAUGCUGCAGUACGAGAGCGCGCAGCACCGCGACCUGCUGCAGUGGGACUACCGCGACACCUUCUUCAACCUCACCGUCAAGGAGGUGCUCUUCCAGCACUGGGUGGACACCAGCUGCCCCCAGGUCAGCUUCAUCUUCAAGGGCGACGACGACGUCUUCGUCAACACGCCGCGCAUUCUGGACUUCCUCAAGGGCCUGCCGCCCGCCAAGGCCCGAGACCUGUUCAUCGGCGACGUCAUCACCCACGCCGGGCCGCACCGAGACAAGCGGGUCAAGUACUAUAUCCCAGAGACCAUGUUCGUGGGCAUGUACCCGCCCUACGCUGGAGGGGGCGGUUACUUAUACUCGGGGGACCUGGCGCGGAGGUUACACGCGGUCUCCCACCAGGUGGCGCUCUACCCCAUAGAUGACGUGUACACUGGAAUGUGUCUGCGAAAGCUGGGCCUGGCCCCCGAGAAGCAUAAGGGCUUCAGGACUUUCGAUGUUGAGGAGAAGUUUCGGGGAAACCCGUGCACCUACAAGGGGCUGAUGCUGGUGCACCCCAGGACCCCACAGGAUAUGAUUAAGAUCUGGGGCUGGCUCAAUGACCCCAAAUUGAAGUGUCAGUGAUUUUAGCUUGAAUGGUUGCCUUUUUUCUUUGUUUUUUCUUUUCCUUAAUUUUUUUUGGUUUUGUCUCUGCUGUAUCAACCUCCACGGCGUUCUUAUGCCCUCAGGGUUGAAAAGGGUCACACUUUGGCAGCUUUACUACAGAAAUAUAAGUUCACAUUUAUUAUUAUUAUUAUUAUUAUUAUUAUUGCUCUAUUAACAUUAUAACUAAAACCUUACAAACCUCCCUGUAUAUUAUGUCACUGAUGUUAUGCCACAGGGUUCAGUCUUAAGGUGUUUGUUGUUGUCCAAAGGAGCUCUGUUGUGUUUGUUGUUGUCCAAAGAGGCUCUGUAUGGCUGGGGUAUUUUGAGGAGAUGCAAACCCCCUCGCCAUCCCCUGGUCUGUCUUUAGCUCACCGUUCAAGGUGGUGAUGGUGUCUACGGUAGAGUUCAGCUGGUCUGAGCAUGCUAUGGUGUCUUGACUUGGUCCGUAUUUAAUGAACCAGCUAGUCCCCGAUAUGUGGCUGGUUUGGCAAACUUUCACAGUGCUGUAAAUUAUUUUUUUAUAUCUAUGGUAAACAUUAAGAAGAUAAAGAAAGAAAAAAAAAAUGACACUGUGGGUUGAAAUUAAUUCACAGUUUAGUAUAAUUGAUUUAAAAAAGGUUGUUUUUGUUGUAGGUGGAAUGGGCAGGGUUACUGCUCUCAACAUAUUGCAUUGGACACAAGGCCUGUACUGUAACUCACUCCUCUCUCAUGUUCAGCGAGUACAAAGUCUCAGGUCUUCUUUUGACCAAAAAAAAAUACCCCCAUCAAUGUUCCUCAGAAGAUGCUUGUGGCUGCGUCUGAAUGUGUGGUUCUCACGCAGCGCAGCUUGUCUUGUCUUGAAUGUGCACCCCUGGUCGCCUCGGGAGCUCCUUGUACAACCAGUAGUGUGAGAGUGAAAGGUAGCGGGACCAAGAUAAUAUAGGGAAGUAUGGCUUUACAACACGUUUCAAAGCAAAUUUCCAUCCGGUAGAUUGGAUGCUAAAACGGAUCCUUCUGGUUUACUAGCUCGGGCAUUGUGCCUCUGAUGUGCCUGUGAGCCUGCACACACAUUCAGGCGUGGGAACCGUUUGAUCUGGUGUCAUUUAUUUAUCAGAGACGAGUGGCUUCUGGAAGAUUCAUCAUUUCUUCCAUUAGAGGCCUUAUUCUUCUACCCCUAGCCUCUGUUUGCCAAAACACUGGUGAAGAAACCAAAGAGAGAGAGAGAGGGAGAGGAUUAUGGGAAUCCAUGGGCCUAGUGCAAGCUGAAACAUGUGGAAAGGAAGACCUGAGAGCGAGCGAGAGGAAGGGAGGGAGAGGGAGGGAGGGAGGGAGGGAGGGAGGGAGGCAGGCCGGGGCAGCCCCUCCUAGCCCAACCAAUCACAUGCCCUGUACAGACUGUCAUUUCUCUGAGCGCUUAAACAUGUGAGAGCGAGCGAGCGAGCGCGAGGGU